AUACAUUUGCGCCCACAUUUCUUCUUUGCAACCUGAAACCUGAAGCCUACCUAUCCAUCAGUCCAUUGGCCGUUCUUUUAUUAAAAGAUUGACAGCUCCUGGAAGCCACAGUCAAAGGUUUUAAAAGACUGCAGCAGUAGCAAGAUGGAGACAACUGAUAAGCUAGAGCAAGAGAGUGGCCAGAAGGAAGAUAGUGCAGAUGCGACAGCCCAGAGAAUUGUGACCCAGAUAAUGGAUGAGGCGGAUGCUGCCCUGAAGGAACAAGGGAGGUCAAAAGCACAAUCGGAUAUCAACAGCAACAGCAACCAUGAGGAGGUAGAGAGCGAAAAGUCUCACAAGACUCCUCGGCCAGGGGCGCAACACGUGUCCUCCACAGAAUCCACCUUUCGGCAAAAAGGGCUCUUGGCCACUGUGGUCUCUCAGCCGCCCGCAUCAACCUCUACAGCAACAGCCAGUCUUCACACUGACAGGAGAGACAAGCUAGUCAGUAAGAAGAUUGCGGAAGAAGGAAAUUUUCAGAGGAUGCAGAGUAAAUCUCACCAUGAUGCUGAUACCCCUGAUACCACUACCACUUCCACUGCUACCGACCAGGCAGGGGUUUCUGCAGCACAAGCAAAUGGAAAACAACCGCGGCAGGAUCAGCAGCAACCUACUGGUACCGGUGGAACGACGAGCUCACCACCGAAUCAACGACAGCAACAGGAGCCUGGAGCGUAUGCCUCGGGUUGGUUCGAUACCGAGAGCUUGGAACUGGAACCACCACAGCAGCAAAGAGCCGGUCUUUUCGAGGACCAUAGUACGGCUCUGGAUCCCCACCACUUGCAGGAUAGUUACAUCAACAGCCACAACAACAGCCACAACAGUACUUCCCAUCACGGGUUGGCCGUGGCAAACUUGGUCGACGAACCGAGCUUGCCAUUUGGACAUGCGGAAGAUGCACAGAUCGUGGAACCGUUUGACGGUCGCAAUCGCCGAAAUGCUGCCAGCAAGAAACGAUUCAAAACCCAUUCACUCCUCGGAGUCAUUCUUCUCAUUGCCAUUGGUAUUGUUCUCAUGGCCGUGCUCGUGCCUGGUAGAAAAGACAACAACGACGACUCGGCUCCGAGUGGCGCAACAUCCGCAGCGGAUACUACGCAGGCUCCUACAUCGACUCUGGACUACAUCCUCUCCCUGUUCCCCCCCGAAACUGUCGAGGCCAUUCAAACCGACCCGGAAUCGUCGCAGUCCAAGGCAUUCCAAUGGCUCCUCGGAGAUGACGAUGAUGCCCUGUACAACAACUACACCGACCAACGCAUCCUUCAAAAGUUCGCACUGGCGACUCUGUACUAUGCUACCAACGGAGAUAUGUGGGCCAAUCAUCAGGGAUGGCUCAACUACUCGGUCCAUGAAUGCGACUGGUUCAAUAAUCCAGACUUUGCCUUUCAACGAGUCAUUCAUUCCGCAUUCGUCCCGGGAUACCUGGAAGAAUUUGUAUAUUUGGAAGAGGAACCAUCCUGUGAUGAUGAUGGAUUGUUCAAACAUCUGUGGCUCGAUGGUAACACUCUGGAGGGGACACUACCAGAGGAACUCUACAUGUUGACGACUCUCGAGACUUUUUCCGUCGGAUUCAAUGAAAUUGAUGGAACCAUCUCGAGUCGUGUGGGUCAACUCACAAACCUAGAAGGACUGGACAUCUCCGACCUGCUCCAAGCAAAGGUCAUUCCUUCGGAAAUUGGCUUGUUGACCAACUUGAGGAGCCUUUCUCUCUACGACAAUGGCCACAGUGGAAUUCUCCCCACCGAGAUUUGGCAACUGACCAAUAUCAUGUACUUUUUCUUGGGAAACUACGUACUAGAGGGAGCCACAAUCCCACCAGAAGUUGGGAACAUGUCCAAAGUAAAAUGGUUCAUUUUUGAAGACUGCAGUCUUCCUGGCACAAUCCCUACAGAGUUUGGCAACCUUGAUACACUGGAAUGGUUAGGGCUGGGAGUCAACAGCAUGACUGGAACCAUUCCAAGUGAACUAGGUCGUCUCCCAAUGUUAAAAAGGCUGGAUGUGGAAGGAUCUUCACUCCAUGGGACUCUCCCCACAGAGCUGGGUCUUCUUUCAUCAUUCACAGCAUUGAAACUUGGUGGCAACGCCUUCUCUGGAACCAUCCCAACUGAAUAUGGGCUCCUUACCAAUCUUGCAGUGAAUCUGGACUUGAGUAACAGCAGGUCCCUCACAGGGCCAAUCCCCACCGAGCUUGGUCUCCUAACAUCACUGCUAGAGUUGUCCUUGCUCAACAAUAACAUCACUGGUGAAAUUCCUAGUGAGCUGGGUUUUUUGACAAGCGUUGGUUACUUGAAUUUGGCCAACAACUCCCUCACUGGAACCAUGCCCAACGAACUGUCGUCACUCCAGGCAACACUCCACACAUUGGCUGUGGAAGGGAAUCCAUUGUUGUCUGGAACUCUUCCUGCUGAGAUUUGCAGCAUCAACGGGAGCUGCAUUGGAACAAGUCAGGACCCCUGUACUGGUCCCUCUGGACUGUCCUUUGACUGUACCAGCAUUCUUUGUGGUUGUGGCUGCCAGUGUGGUUGAUGAUGGCUGGAAGUAUAUAUCUAGCAAUCAUUGUUGUAGUUUUAAAGCCUGCACCAGUAGCAUUCAUUUUCUUUUCGUGACCAAAA